GGAAAGCAUGCCAGACGUGCACACAAACGACACUCGGCAGUCGUUGAGAGUAGUGAUAUUUUUCGUCCACAUGCUGUCGAAUGAAAUAGCGAAUUCCGUGAAGUAGUUAGUCAUACUCAAACAUUGGCGCUUCAAACACGUAUAUUUUUCCGCGAAUCGACUUCAAGAGAACAAGUGAUUUUUGGUGAUUUUGGAUCCGAUUGUUUUCGAUUUGGUUAACGUGAAUGAAUGCUGCUUAAGUGUAAUAAAUCUCGAAUAUCAUCAGAAGAUUUUCAAUGUUGAUGAAUUUAUUGUGAGACAGUUAUUGGAGAAUGUGCUCUUCGAUGCGAAAUAUAUCUCAUAUGCAAAGAAUGCAAUUCAGUGAAGUGAUUGGAAGAAACUACUAAACUACGGAUUAUGGAGUAUGUGAAGCUGCUGACAAAACUUAUGUGAUACAAAAAUUCAGUACGGAAGUACUCAACGGUUUGAAUCAGAUUUCCGUUGGCCAUCAAAGGAUACGCAGAGCUGAUUUGUGUUAACGAUAAAGACCAUCAGUGGAUCAUUCUUCAAGAUUCAAACUUAUUAAGUGAAUGAUCUUGGGCAUUGACGGUCUUACAACAUGGAUGCCAAUAAUUUUGUGAUGUCUUCCUACCAGUUCGUGAACUCGCUGGCUUCAUGCUAUCCGAACAGUGCUCCGAAUCCUAACAAUGCUCCAGCAAGCAGUAGUAGUGGCCAAAGUGAUGGAUACUUUCCACCCUCGGCCUAUACCCCUAACUUGUACCCUGGCACACCGCAUCAAGCGCACUACUCAAAUCCUCAGUCGUACAACCCCCUGGCAGCAGGACCGGGUAAUGUCAAUGCAGCUAGUACCGGCAGUGGUCAUCAAUCCAAUGAAAUGGUUGACUACACACAACUUCAGCCACAAAAGUUUCUACUGAACCAACAGCAACAACAACAGCAGUCCAGCCUAAAUUCUCAAAGUUGUAAAUACGCCAGUGACGGCACAAGUGCAGGUACAAACGUAGGUAAUAGUAGCAAUAAUAAUAGUACGACAAGUCCGCAAGAUCUGAGCACGGCAAGUUCUAGCAACAGUGCAGGAGGAGGAGGAAACGGAAGUCGACCGGACAUUUCACCGAAGUUGUCACCUAGCUCUGUAGUUGAAAAUGUGUCACGAACAAUGAAAUCUACCAGCGCUGCUACGUCGGUCAGUGGAAGUAAUACAAACAACAACAGCAGUAAUAUUAGUAAUCGUAACCCAGUGAACCAAGUGAAUUUACCGUUGGGAAGCCCUGAAGGUGAUGAAUCCGACGCAAGUGACGAUGAUAGUGGUACCGAAGGAGGUAGCUCACAAGGUGGCGGAAGUGGAGGCAAAAAGAGUGGAGGCCCACCACAAAUCUAUCCAUGGAUGAAACGAGUGCAUAUCGGGCAAAGUACUGUUAAUGCCAAUGGAGAAACUAAACGACAGCGAACAUCUUACACGCGCUAUCAAACCCUGGAGUUGGAGAAGGAAUUCCAUUUCAACCGAUACUUGACACGGCGAAGAAGAAUCGAAAUAGCACAUGCUCUCUGCUUAACCGAACGACAGAUCAAAAUUUGGUUCCAGAACCGUCGGAUGAAAUGGAAGAAGGAACACAAGAUGGCAUCGAUGAACAUCGUUCCCUACCACAUGUCUCCCUACGGACAUCCAUACCAGUUCGAUAUCCAUCCAUCCCAGUUUGCGCAUCUUAGUGCAUAGGACGCGUGGCACUUUUCGGGUACUGGUUAGAGACUCAACCAGCUUUAUCAGGAACAAUAUCAGGGAUAUCAAAAUAAUCAAGAUAGUGUUUUGUUCGGUGGCAACACUACACCAUCUGAUUCAACUAAGUAUAACCAAGAGUUUUGACUUUCCCCGGCCUUGCCUUCAGCCAAAGAAGCUUGACCACCGAGGAUCGGACAAAACUCACCACAAUGUAGUAGAAUUGUAUAGAUCAAGAUGAUAUCCCUGGUAGAAACUGUUACAAGCUGCUGUUGAGAUAUUCAUCAAAUGAAAAAUUCUUUCUUCGAUUUUAUCUUUGUGUCCAAUUCAUAAUUUAUUGUACUUUCAGGACCUAUCUCCUAUCACACUGUGUAAAUAUGGGAUAAAUUCGAAGAAAGCAUCGAUUCAAUCUUCUCUAAUCAGUAUUCGAAAAGCAAGCCUCGCGUUACGCGGGGGUUCUUCGUAGGUACUAGUAUGUAUUAGGCUAUUGAUGGAGUUACGUUUACUUUCCCAUAAUUUUCCACUUGUUUGCGCCAGCUUGCGUGCAAGUUUUGCUCUAAAGCAAAGCAGCGCCUAGCUGCACUCUAAGAAGUACCCUCUCAGAGCUUGAGUUCGUCUUGGUUAGGGAUUGGAAAUGCCAUUGGUCUUUUUUAUCUCUGACUGGGACUAACUCAGACUCUUAGUAGAUAUUUUUUAGAGUGCUAAACUUGCAUCUUUGAGUUCAGUUAUGGCAAAAUUAUGGAAAAGUUAUGAUCAAUCGUACUUGUAUCGAUUAUAAGGUAUCAUUUUUGUUGUUUUCCCCUUAAUAGUAUAACAUUUUCGUUAGAUGUUUCACGCUAGCAAAAAAAACGUAAAUCGAUCUUUUAAGUUAUGUAUUACAUGAACAAGAUGAUAUUGGUCUGAGAUAUUAUACACCGAUUUUAACCUACUCAGUUUUGAGUUAUGCAAUUAAAAUACAUUGUAUGAGCUGUAAAUAUAGAGCGUUAAGAACUUUAAUUUAUUGAACUGCUGUAGAGCUAUUGUGACAUAAUUUUAAGUAGUUAAAUAAUCCACCAACGAAGAUGCAAUAUUGAGAUACUAUAUCAUUGAUCUUAGCACGAGGUUGCGAACGAAAUUCUAUAAGACCAUGUUUAUGUUUUUGUUAUUUCAUUUAAAUUCUGUUCCCAGUGGCUCUGAUUAGACUUUACUUUUGCUCUUUUAGGUUCAAAAGAUCACACGCAUUAACAAAUUCGGAUUACACAGGGAUUAUGUUAAAACAAAACAUUUCUAUAUCAACGAAAAAUGGCGACGCUACUCGUUUCUUCCGAGACAGUAGAACUAUUCAGGGUGAAUGAUAUUUCGAAAUGUAACAAGAGUGUAAUUGAAAAGCAUAAUUAGGAUUAUCAAUAUAUUUGUUUUACUCUAUCGCGAUAAGAAUCAAUAGCCAGAAGAUGAAAUCAUGAAAUUUUAUGCAUUCCGAGAUGAUACUAUUUUACCAACUAAAAUGGCCAACUGAAUAUAGUUCAUCAAUUCAACAAAUGGAAGGUCACUGACGACACAUUUUGUAAUGAAACUGUAAAAAAGAAAAUACUAAAGUCACGAUGAGAGCUGAUGUAACUGUAGCAUAAUACUUAAGUGACAGUCAAAUCGUUUUAGGUUAAAAUAGGUCAUUUACUUAAGACAUAAUUGCAGUUUGCGAGCAUGGAAUCUCAUUUCAGGUCGUGACACGCCAAGUUAUUGGUAUACAUUAUUGGAAGAUCAUCCGUCAUACUUUUUUUUCUAAUUUCCUUCAACAACAAGUUGCAAAACACCUCGAAUUGAUUAGUUUUAAAUGAUCAUGAAUUCAACAGAAAUAAAGCGAAUUAAAACAAGUA